AUGGCGUUCCUCAUCCCCCCUUCAACUUUAGAAAAUCAAGCUUCGAGUGCUCUCCACUCACCACCCCUGCAGAACGCCAUGACGCCUGGUGAUGUAGGAAUUUUCAAAUCAACUCUCCUCCCUUCAUUUGGACUUUAUACGUCACUUUCACUGGGAACAUAUCUCGCAGCUGAAGCAACCAACCGCGUCGAGUUGAAGGAUUGGCUUUGGCCAUCCUCUCAGGUCCUCAAUGCCUGGUGGACCGCAGUCGGAAGUCCUAUGUAUACGCAUAAUCUUUCAUUUGAUACUGUUUGGAAUGCUAUUCCAUGGACGGAAAAGGUUAUUCUGGGCUGUGUUACAAUCUGGGGAACCAGGCUUUUUGCACGGAUCGCGUCGCGAUCUCUCAGUCGCAGUGGUGACGAUUCGCGGUACGAAACUGCUAAGACCGAACCCGGAUUUUGGAAAAGUGCUUUUGUGAAGAUCUUUCUACCCGAGGCUCUUGUUUUGGGCAUCAUUUCCUUGCCAUUUACCAUUCCAUUCACUAUAGGAGACACCACUCUUCCGGUUAGUGAGGACGGGCUGAGCAUCAUUCGCGCACUUGGAGUCGGCCUUUUUGGUGUUGGAUUCGGGAUGGAGGUGAUGGCGGAUACGCAACUCGAGCUGCAUCGUCGAGAGCGAACGGAUUUGUGUCGACACGGUGUUUGGAGUUUGGUGCGGCAUCCGAACUAUUUGGGUGAUACAUUAGUUCAUUUUUCUUUUACCCUGCUGAACAUGGCUGGGUUCUGGAACCCAAUUGUGCUUCUUGGACCUAUCACGAAUUACCUGUUCCUUCGAUUAGUCGGCGGUGACAAGCAGACCGAGGCCAGCCAGUUGGAGCGUUACAAGUCUCAAGACUCUUCCAAGUACGAUCAGCUUAGACAAUGGCAGAAAGAGAACAACAGCUUUUGGCCCGCGAUCCGCCAACUUGCGAACCCAUGGGCAUUGGCUGUUGUUGGUUGCGGCUUCAUCAGUGUUGUGAUUGAGGAAGGGCUACGGGUUACUCUUGACCCGCAAUGGUGA